AGCUUUCCCCUUAUUCACCAGAGCACACAGAGAAGAAGCUAACUCUAGCAUUCAAGGCACAUGUCCAGUGUCUGCAUUUCAUCUUCCACCAUGAGAGCCAGAGCUAUCACUUUUGUCUUUCUUGCCUCAACACUUUUCUGCUGUCAGGCUGCUCCUGUGGAUCGUCAUGGUGGCUCAGAUGUACACUGUCCUCUAAACGUAAAGAUCCUGGACGCGUUGAAAGGUGCACCUGCUGGAAAUGUGGCUCUUACGAUCUUUCGCCAAGGUGUCGAUCAAACAUGGGAAAAACUUAGCAGUGGGAAUACAAACAUAGCUGGUGAGGUUCAUGAACUUCUCUCCGAACAGGAUUUCAAACCUGGUGUCUAUCGUGUUGUGUUUGACACCAAAACCUAUUGGAAAGGAGAAGGUCGCACAUCAUUCCACGAAGCUGCUGAAGUGGUGUUUGAGGCUCAUGCUGAAGGACAUCGUCAUUACACUCUGGCCCUUUUACUGAGCCCCUUCUCCUACACUACAACAGCUGUAGUGGGAAAAGAACAUGAUUAAAUUUACACAGCAUGCCAAGGAGCCACACCAGCCACAUUUUCCAUACCUGUACAUUUACCCUGCUGAAUAAAAACAAUAGAAAUA